UUUUUUUUUUUCUCGAAAAAAGAUAAUUUUCAAUAAACCUCAUUAUUCUGGAGUGUAAUAAAGCACAGAGGCAGCGUGGUAGUGGAUAGGAAAGGAAAUGAAGAUGAUCGGAGGAGGAGCGGUGUUUGGAGUUCCACGCGCCGCCGUAUGCCCCGCCAGCCGCAGAUUUAUAUUCCGGUGUCACUCAUCUUCUUCAUCUGUCGCUCUACCAAGUGAAGAUUCCAAGGUUGCAGACCACUUGUCAUUUAUUAAAGAUGUAGCUGCUGCAAAACCGCCUGAGAACCUGCAACAUCUUCUGAGAAUGCUUCAGGUUAGAGGCGAGCCAAUAAUCUCUCCUACAGCCAAGCAAGGGUUGAUGCCUCUUACCAUUCCUCUAUCCAGAAAUACCUCAGGUUUUGUGACUGCACUGCUGCGAUGGCCAACAGCUCCAUCUGGAAUGGAGAUGCCAGUAGUGGAAGUUCGUAAGCACGGUGUAUGGCUCUUGGCCAAGAAUGUUGACCAAUAUAUUCACAGAAUUCUUGUUGAAGAAGAUGCCAACACUUCCCAGGGAAGCAACAGUGAAAUGUUUGAAGCUUCUGCUGAUGCUGGAAUUAACCUUUACAAGAAAGGAGACUUGGGGAGAUCUCAAUAUUCAAGUGUAGAUGUUUAUCUUUUGCGAAAGGUAGGAUUAUUCCCUGAUUUACUGGAGCGCAAAGUGAUGAAUGAUUUUGAGAAGGGUGACCUUGUUUCUGCCAUGGUGACUGGAGAAUUUUAUACAAAGAAGGAGCACUUCCCAGGAUUUGGAAGACCUUAUGUGUUCAAUGCAGAGAUUUUGCUGAAGGUUGGACGUAACAUGGAAGCUAAGGAUGCUGCGAGGGGAGCUCUGAAGUCACCUUGGUGGACUCUGGGUUGUACAUAUCAGGAAGUUGCUAGUAUAGCUCAAUGGGACGAUGAACAAAUUGAAUUUAUUAAAGAAAAAGUAUCAGAGGAGGGAAAGCGAGACGAUCUAAAGAAGGGAAAGGAACCUGCUCAGGUUGCUUUGGACGAAGCUGCUUUUUUGUUGGAUUUAGCUUCUAUUGAUGGGACUUGGGAUGAAGUAGUGGAGCGCAUUGCUGAGUGUUACAAGGAGGGUGGAUUACAAGACAUGGCAAACUUUGUUCUGUACAGGGAUUAAGUAGUAACUUGUAACUAUAUAGAUUAAAAUAUGAGAUUUUUGCAGGACUUGAUUCAUUUGAGGAAUCUGUUAUCCUAAACAUAUUUCUUCCGAACAUAAAUUGGGCAAUAAAUAAACAUUCUGUUUA